AUGAAGGAAAUUUGGACUACCAUGGCGUCUCUAAUGGGUGUUUGGGCUUUCUCUCAAACGCUACUCCACGCCGUAUUUCCGCCGGAGCUCCGCUUCAUCUUCAUUAAACUCUUCCAACGUUUAUUCAACUGCUGUUCUUCUUACUGCUAUUACGACAUCACCGAGAUCGAAGGGGUCAACACCAAUGAGCUCUACAACGCCGUCCAGCUCUAUCUCUCCUCCGCCGCCUCUUCCUCUUGCUCACCCGCCUCUUCCAGCCGCCUCUCACUCACCCGCGGCCUCAACUCCUCCGCAAUCACCUUCGGUCUCUCUCACAACGACCGUCUCACCGACGUUUUCAAUGGCGUCUCUGUCGUCUGGGAACAUAUCGUCACCCCACGACAAUCCCAGACGUUCUCGUGGCGCCCUUUGCCGGAGGAGAAGCGUGGGUUCACGCUCCGGAUCAACAAACGGGAUAAACCCUACAUACUCGAAUCUUACCUCGAUUACAUCAACGGAAAAGCCAAUGAAAUUCGAAGAAAAAACGAAGACAGAUUGCUGUACACCAAUUCCCGUGGAGGAUCGCUCGAUUCUCGAGGGCAGCCGUGGGAAUCGGUGCCGUUCAAGCACCCUAGCACAUUUGAGACGCUGGCAAUGGAUCCGGUGAAGAAAGCAGAAAUCAUGUCUGAUCUCCGAGACUUCGCCGACGGUCAGGCGUUUUACACACGCACGGGACGCGCGUGGAAACGUGGCUACCUCUUGUAUGGUCCUCCCGGCACCGGAAAAUCCAGCAUGAUCGCUGCAAUGGCGAAUUUUCUUGGGUACGACAUUUACGACCUCGAACUUACUGAAGUUCAGACGAAUUUGGAGCUCCGGAAGUUGCUCAUGAAAACGAGUUCGAAAUCAAUCAUCGUAAUCGAAGACAUUGACUGUUCCAUAAAUCUGACAAAUCGUAAAAAGACCAACGGCGAAGGAGGUUCAGAAAUGAGAAAUGGGCCCGGCGGACUGGGUGGUCCCGGCGAUCCGGAGAACAGUAACUCUAUUACGCUUUCGGGUUUGUUAAACUUCACAGAUGGGUUAUGGUCGUGUUGCGGGUCGGAGCGGAUAUUCGUAUUCACAACGAACCACAUCGAAAAACUUGACCCGGCAUUGUUACGGAGCGGGCGAAUGGAUAUGCACGUGUUCAUGAGCUACUGCUCUUUCCCAUCGCUAAAGAUUUUAUUAAAAAACUACCUGGGGUGUUCCCCGGCCGACGUGGAGACGGAGGUUUUACGGAGGUUAGAAGAGGUUACCGAGGCGGCGGAGAUGACUCCGGCGGACAUCAGUGAAGUCUUAAUAAAAAACCGGCGAAACAACAGGAAGGCGUUGAAGGAGUUGCUGCAGGCUUUGAAAGCGAAGGCGGAGAAAAACAAAAAUGGGUUGCGGCGGAUUGAGGCGACAGAGGAGGAGAAGAGAGCGGUGGAAGGUGGUGGCGGUGCGGCGGAGGAACGGUGGAUGGGGAGUGGUUAAUUUAAUGUUUUAAAAAGGAAAAUUAAUGAGUGGGUAUAGAGGUUGAGAAGUGGAAAACUGUAAGGCAAAACAACAUAUCGUAUGACAUCAUCAUCA